AUGCCGUCUAUCAAAAGACAGGCGUCCGACAGCUUCUCCAAGCCGCAAGCCCUGGUCAAGCGACAGAAAUCCAACUCAGACCUUCGGGAUGGAAAAGCGGUCGCCCUGGCAGGCAAGGAUUCAGAUGGCGCUCUCAUAUCCUCGGCUCUGCGGACGAGUGGUCUCACGGCACCGAUCAUGGAGUUGACAGGCCAUGCAGGUGAAAUCUUCGCGGCUAGGUUCGAUCCAACCGGACAGCAUAUUGCCUCUGGCUCAAUGGACAGAUCCAUAUUGCUGUGGAAUACCUAUGGACAAGCUGAAAACUACGGUACAUUAACCGGUCACAAGGGUGCUGUUCUAGAUCUUCAGUGGUCACGCGACUCGAGGACGAUCUACUCGGCUUCGGCAGAUAUGACCGUCGCUAACUGGGAUCUGGAAACGGGAUUACGAGUCCGCAAACAUGUUGGACACGAGGAGGUCAUAAACUGUCUUGACCUCAGCAGACGUGGCCAAGACCUGCUUCUCAGUGGCAGUGAUGAUGGUUGUAUUGGAAUAUGGGAUCCGCGGCAGAAGGCAGCCGUGGACUAUAUUGAAACAGAUUUUCCCAUAACAGCCGUUGCGCUUGCAGAGCAGGGCCAUGAAAUCUACUCUGGUGGGAUUGACAAUGAUAUCAAAGUCUGGGAUGCUCGAACUCUGAGAGUGACCUAUACUUUGGUUGGGCACACGGAUACCAUUACGUCCUUGGAAAUCUCUCCAGAUUCUCAAACUCUGCUUUCAAAUUCCCACGACUCGACAGUCCGGACGUGGGAUGUUCGACCCUUUGCUCCUGUGGAUCGCGCUGUACAGACCUAUGAUGGAGCUCCAUCUGGCUUCGAGAAGAAUCUGAUACGUGCAAGCUGGAGUACCAAAGGAGACAAAAUUGCUGCAGGUUCUGGAGAUCGUACAGUGGUCGUGUGGGAUACCCGUUCGGCAAGACUAUUGUACAAACUACCAGGCCACAAAGGCACCGUCAAUGAUGUACGGUUCUCCCCCUCGGAGGAUCCGAUCAUUGUUUCUGGCUCAACAGAUCGCAAUAUUCUUUUGGGAGAGCUCGGAAGGUGA